UUUAGCACCCUAACAUAGUGUAGUGUAGUGUCACGUUAAAAUGAUUUCCUCUACUACACAACUCCACAGACAAUAAUCGAUGAAAAUUUCGAAAAUUCUUUGUCUGAAAUGGAAAAUAAUCAUAUCAUAUUGAUAUGGCCAUAAUUCAACUCAUUGUAUAUGAGUUUCGAUACACAGUAGACACUUCAAAAAUUCAAAUCCAAACGGUCUCUUUCCUUUCCGUACUUAGAAUUUAGAACAACACCCACAAAACAAGGCCACACUUGCUCUAUUCUCUCUCAGUGCUCCCCAGAAUCAAUGAGUGAAGGACAGCCCAAAAACAUGCCUAACUUUGAUCAUUCUUCAUCAACAUCAAUUUCCCCCAUGAAAAAGGAAAAAUCAUCAAUGUCGAAGAAAGAGUUGAAGCUUUCCUUGGUUGCUCAAAGACUUGCUAUGCUUCAAGAUGAUGAUUAUCAACCUUUUCCUGUAUCAUCCACAAAGAUUCCUGAUCACUGUGAGAGCUACAAGCGAUUAAGGCUUGUUAACCUUGAUGAGUCCUUUACAGAGAAUGGAGAACUCAAUGCUUGCACUCUAUCAACACCAAAUGAGAGGUCAUCUUCCAUGAAGCAAACAGGAAAAGUCCAAUCGAAUCUCCAAGCUAAAAAUGGAGAACUUGGUGCUGGCUCGAUAACAACGAUAAAAGAGAGGUCAUCUUCCAUGAAGGAAGCAGAAAAGGUCAAUGCAAAUCUGUCAGCCAAGUAUCCUAGCUUCAUCAAAUUUAUGUUGAAAUCACAUGUUUCUGGAGGAUUCUGGUUGGGUCUGCCAAGUAAGUUCUGUGAUAAUCAUCUACCUAUCCAUGAUACUAAAAUGGUGUUGGUGGAUGAAGCUGGACAAGAAUUCGAUACGACCUAUUUGGCAGGAAAAAAGGGUUUAAGUGCCGGAUGGAGGGGGUUUUCUAUACAUCAAAAUUUACAUGCUGGUGAUGCAUUGGUUUUCCAUCUAAUUGCCCCCACAAAAUUUAAGAUUUAUAUCAUAAGAGAACAGAAUCUUGGUGAAGUUGAUAGAGUUUUAGGACUCCCAAACAUAGAUUAUUCCAGUUUAGGGAAACGGAAAUCAGAAGACAGUACACAGAAAGUUAUACUGGCAGAACAUAGUACACAAAAGGUUUUACGAGCAGAAGACAGUACACAAAAAAUUUUACGGGCAGAAGACAGUACACAAAAAGUUCUACAGGCAGAAGAUGACCAGUACAAACUGGACUACCCCUAUCAAAGCAGCAGUGAAAAUGAUUUAGGAUCCGAAGUACAUGAUGGGAUCCAUUUCUCUGAUUCUGCCAUCGCCUUCGAAGGAGUUAACGACUUUGAAAGCUUUAGCAUCAUUGUUGACGGCUUGGUGAUCGACUCCAAAUUUUCUGACUGUUACAGAAAGAAGUAUUAUGAGCUUUGCAGCAGCCAGAAAUAUUAUUUGCACGAAAAUCUUCUUGAAGGGUUAAAUUGCAAUUUGGUGGUGGGAAUUAUUUCAGAGACUAUAAACAUUGCAGAUGGCAUAAGUUCAUGCGAGGCACGAUUAUCUAUAUCUCGUGAAGAUCUUCGUAUUUGGGAGAAAACAUUGGAGGGGUUCGAGUGUCUAGGCAUGAAAGUGGGAUUCUUGCGUGCUCGUGCUAAACAUCUUCUAGGCCGUGCUGUUGAAUCUAACGAAGCUGAGGAAUCAAGGAAGUUGAAAGAGAGUAUAAUUAAGCGAGCAUUUGUUGGGGAGACAAUGAAGGCGCUUGAUGAUAAAUUUACCCUACUAAAAGGGAUGAUGCAGAAGAUUGAUUUAGAACUGGAGAGUAAGUUUAAGAAACUUUCUGGUAUUCUGAAUUGAUUAUCAAUCAGCAAAUUUAUCCCUUUUGUCCCUAAAAUUACAAGGCCAUGUAUAUAAUAUCAGCCUUUCAGGGGAAAAUAUUUUGCUGAUCGAAUCGUGGAGCAUAUGGCUAAACAUUGAUGAUAUUUUUUUUGAAUUUUGCAUACUUAGCCUGUACUGCAAAUCUGUUUAAAGAA